GACUGGGAAGCCCGCAACGGCGGCGAGGACCAGUCGUUGAGGCUGCGAGGCCAGUCAGGCCCCUCGGGACCUCGCCUGAGUCGGCUGGGCCCGCUGCCUAGAGAGACCCAGCUCCAUCCUAACAGGGACUAUGAGAAAAUGGUCGGGCAAACGAGGAGUAAACUCAAAGAAGCGACUUCAGAGCCACCUGAAUCUACUCGCGCCUUGCAGUCGAAGCGGCGGCGCAAGGCCACCGGAGCCGGAGCCGGGGAGCCCGAGUUGGAGAAAGAGCUGCAGGAGGAGAUGGAAAAGCCGGAGCUGCUUCUGCAGCCUUCGUCCCUAAGCGGCAGAAACCUGCCAGGGGGCUCCCGGGAUUACACGCCGCGGAAGAUCCGAAAUUUGAACGCGCAAAACUGCUUGCAUCUGGAACAGCUCGCCAAAACACUACUUUUCGGCCGCUUUCAAUUUCUCUUCUGUUUCCUGGAACAGGUCCGCGAAAAGGUGCACGUAUUGCAGACCCUUAAGGUCUCGAGCAGGACCACCUUCAGCAUAGCUGCUAUUGUGGGAAUUUUGCACUGGAUACAUUUAAUAUCACUUUUUGAAAAUGACCGUCAUUUUUCUCACCUCUCAUCUUUGGAACGAGAGAUGACUUUUCGCACUGAAAUGGGACUUUAUUAUUCCUACUUCAAGACCAUUAUUGAAGCACCUUCAUUUUUGGAAGGACUGUGGAUGAUUAUGAAUGAUAGGCUUACUGAGUAUCCCCUUGUAAUUAAUACAGUGAAACGCUUCCAUCUUUAUCCAGAGGUAAUCAUAGCCUACUGGUAUCGCACAUUCGUGGGAAUAACGAAUUUAUUUGGGGUAGAAACUAAGACCUGCUGGAAUGUCACCAGAGUAGAACCUCUUAACGAAGUUCAAAGCUGUGAAGGAUUGGGAGACCCCGCUUGCUUUUAUGUUGCUGUGAUUUUUAUUUUAAAUGGACUAAUGAUGGGAUUAUUCUUCGUAUAUGGUACAUACCUGAGUGGGACUCAGUUAGGAGGUCUAAUUACAGUACUGUGCUUCUUUUUCAACCAUGGAGAGGCUACCCGUGUAAUGUGGACACCACCUCUCCGUGAAAGUUUUUCAUAUCCAUUCCUUGUUCUUCAGAUGUAUAUUUUAACUAUGAUUCUCAGAACUUUCUAGCAUGAUCUCUCCCUCUUAUAUUUACUUUGCCUAUCAACAGUGAAGUAUUUAUUUAUUAUAAUUUUUUCACUUUUGCAUUUUAUAUAUUUUUUUCAGAUAGCCUCAUUAUUUCCCAUGUACGUUGUGGGGUACAUUGAGCCAAGCAAAUUUCGGAAGAUCAUUUAUAUGAAUAUGAUUUCACUUUUCCUUUGUUUUAUUUUGAUGUUUGGAAAUCCAAUGUACUUAUCUUCUUAUUAUUCUUCAUCUUUGUUAAUGACAUGGGCAAUAAUUUUAAAGAAAAAUCAAAUCCAAAAAUUGGGAGUUUCUGAACUCAACUUUUGGCUAAUUCAAGGUGGUAUUUGGUGGUUUGGAACUGUCGUUUUGAAAUUUCUGACCUCUAAAAUCUUAGGUGUUUCAGACCAUAUUCGCCUGAGUGACCUUAUAGCAGCCAGAAUCUUAGGGUAUACAGAUUUCGAUACCUUAGUGUAUACCUGUGCUCCUGAAUUUGACUUUAUGGAAAAAGCGACUCCACUGAGAUACACAAAGACAUUAUUGCUUCCAAUUGUUUUGGUGAUUACUUAUUUUAUCUUUAAAAAGGCUUAUCGUGAUAUUUUAUGUGUCUUAUCUACAAACACUUAUCUAAGAAAACAACUCCUUGAACGUGGUGAGCUGGUUUUUCACACUUUGCAGUUGAUGGCAUUUACUUCCCUUGCUGUUUUAAUUAUGAGGCUGAAACUGUUUUUGACACCACACAUGUGUAUUAUGGCUUCCUUGAUCUGCAACCGGCGGCUCUUUGGCUGGCUUUUUUGCAAAGUUCAUUUUGAGAAUGUUAUCUUUGGCAUUCUGACAGUGAUGUCAAUACAAGGUUGUGCAAACCUCCACAACCAAUGGAGCAUAAUAGGAGAAUUUAAUAAUUUGCCUCAGGAAGAACUUAUACAAUGGAUCAAAUACAAUACCAGACCUGAUGCUGUUUUUGCAGGUGCUAUGCCUACAAUGGCAAGCAUCAAACUGUCUACACUUCAUCCCAUUGUGAAUCAUCCACAUUAUGAAGAUGCAGACUUGAGGGCCCGAACAAAAAUAGUUUAUUCAGCAUAUAGUCGAAAAUCUGCAAAAGAAGUGAGAGAUAAGUUGUUGGAGUUACAUGUGAAUUAUUAUGUUUUAGAAGAGGCAUGGUGUGUUGUGAGAACUAAGUAAGUAUUAACACUAUACUAUGAUAUAAUAU